GAGUUUCGCUCCCUGACUGACAUCUGUGACGUGCUUUCAUCUUUGGAUAUUGCCAUUGGUUUUCUAUCUUCCACUGGGGGAGCCCCUGAAAGGCUCCUCAGUGACUAUCUAGGAAGGGUGCUACGCAUGCAACAAAAUACUCUUCGGAGUUUGAAGGUAUAAAUUGUAGCUACAACUAAAGUUAAGUUUGUACGGUAAAGAAUUGAAUUUUACAUCUUUUAGCAUAUUUUUGAUAGGAACAAUGAGACUUUGUACCUUUUGUUGUCUAUUUUACGUACUUAAUGUUUUUAUUGUUUAGUAUAGUUUUAAUUUAGUAAGAGUUCUCGUCUGACAACCACCCGUGGGCGAAGGCGUGUUCCUGUAUAAAGAUUUAAAUCAUUAUUAUUAUUACUAUUAUUAUUGUUGACUUUUGCAGCAACCUUCGCGUUUGUGUGCCCGAUUUUCCUCGUCCCUUUCCCUUUUGAAUGUAUAUCACUCCGGGUAUUCUGUCAUCAGUAUUCUACAUACAGCUGCCGAAAGAUUCUUCGUGGGUCGAAUCUAAGUUUCUAUGUUUGCCAUUUUCCUUUCCAGGCUCAGCAGUACUGUCAGUUACGUCACGUGAUCUCUCUCUGGCGACUUCUCACCCUUGAGAGAGCCAAAAUUCUUAUAAGGCGAGGAGAGGUAAGGAAUAUGAAUAUUUCUACCUGUAACUUGCAUCUGCCCUUGCACGACAUUAGCAAGGACUUCGUAACAACAUUAAACUGAGCUGAGGAAUUAAACUUGCAAGUACAUUGAACAGAAACAGUGUCGCCUCCGUUCUACCUUCUCAUCAAAAACAAAACUAAAAUCAAGGAGACUGGAAGGCGACUUUUUACUUAAGUCGUAAAAUAAACGAGAAAGUAGUUACUCCGUGUAAUCGGAACAAACGCAAACAGCCUAUUAAAGCAAUUAGACUUCCAAGACAGUAUAAAAUCAGACGAAAAGUAGCUAGGAACAAGCUCUGUAUUGGGGGAAUCGUGCGCGAGGGCGCGAGGGCAAGGGGCUUUGCCGCUCGCCCGCGCAAUUUCUUGCGACUCGCCUCGCUCGUUACUCGAAAUAGAUAGCUUACUUACACUUGCUUAGCAUGCCACGGUUGGUUUAAGUUUUGCUUUUGAUUGGUCGAGUGGGGCACGGAAUUUUGUCGGUUGUUUAUCUAAGUACUGUAAGAGAUAUGUAAAUAGCAAUGCCUAAGACUUAACUUUUUGUUAUUGCCUUUGCAGGAUCCGUUUGAGCAGAUUUCGGACACCUACAAGCAGGUCAUGUCCCGAGCUCAGCUGAUGAAGUUUAGCAAUGGAAUGAGGAGAAUUGACUUGGAUUGCUUUGUCUGUGAGGUCCUGGAGCUUAUUUUGCUGAACUUAAGAGGUGAUGCAGUCCCCGGAGAAGAAGAAAUGAGGUAACUUUGGAGAGACUGCCUCUAUUACCACUAGUAUGUCUAUGGUUGACGUAGUCAUCUGUAGAAUGUUUAUCUGUAGUUGGCUAUUUACCAGCAUGAACGAGGUGUUUUAUAUUGGACUGUCGAGAAGCAAUUCUUGAUAGUGGUCAGAGGGAUAAUCGACCCACGCGACCCCCAAACCCCCACCACCUAAUUACCGUUAUUGAUCAUCUAAGAAGCUACACCGAAGAUACAGAGAAAUAUUUUAUCUGAUAGAGUUAUAAAACUCGGCUGUUCCUUGUGUUUGGUUUGCUCUGGUUUUUCAUUUCAAUCAUCUCCCUGGUGGUUAGAUAUGACAUGAAAAACUCCUUCUCGUGUUGAAUAAUAUGCGUAUUAUCUUACAACGACUGUGUCUCCUUUUAUUCAGCCUGGGUGAAUACAUCGAGUGGCAUCUUGACAACAGAGGACAUGAACCAGUGCCAGGACUGGACGCAUUGCCAUCGGAAGUGCAACUAAAGCACGUGAUCAAUGCUUGGAGAACCUCUGUUGAACUGUGUGACAAUUAUCACGACAAGCGAGACGCUGCUAACGCUUGA